AUGUCGACUUACGGGGAUGAUAGCCAUUCUCACUUAGCCAACAAUUCGAGUGAUGAAAAGGAGGAAUUCAUCGACACAAAGGAAACUCACAAAGAGCAAGAAAUCAAAUUGAUUACCAACCCCAUCAAGCAACUGGCUAUUGACAUCAAUCAAUUGACUCAAGCUUCCAUCUCACAUCACACUCAACAGCAAGAACUGAUUGUUCCAGUCCCAUCAAGGCAAGGCUCACUCUCAAAUCUCUCUGAUCAAGGAAUAGGCAAGGAAUCUACCUCAACCAAAAUGACCAGUGCUCAACUUGAUCUCAAGGUGCUGUCUCAAAGAACUCGAUUCAGGCAAAUCGAAGAAAUCUGUACUGUGGCAGAAAGUAGACACUACUGCGACGCAAUGGACUACCUCGAAUUGAAACUCGACACUUUAUCGGAGGCCAAGGAAUCAUUGCUUGUGCAGCAAAAGCAACUCGAAAGGUCUCGUCUCGCCAAUCCUGGUCCACCGAUAGUUACUCAAUCUCGUCAACGACUACCGGAAAUCACAUUGCCAACCUUCUCUGGAGAUUACUCUAGCUGGGCCUCAUUCAAGGAUCUCUUCUCAUCAAUGGUGAUAAGCAACGAGAAAAUCACCAACGUUGAGAAGAUGCAUUAUCUCAAAACCAGUCUCACAGGAAAGGCUGCAAGGAUUAUCUUAAAUCUCCCGGUCUCAGGAGAUUCAUUUACCUCUGCUUGGAACACUCUUGUGUCCAGGUGCAAGAACAAAAGACUUCUCAUCUCGUCUCAUCUCGAUCGCUUGAUGGCGACCACGGUGAUCACUCCAAAGUCGGCGGAUAGUCUCAACGCUCUUCUCACUUCUACUACGAAAGCACUUGAUGCUCUCUCAGUUUUCCGUGCUCCUGUAACUAAGUGGGAUCAUAUUUUCGUCCAUCAUAUCACCAGGAGAUUGGACACUGACACGAGAGAAGGGUGGGAGGUGAAAUUAGGAUCUAGUACAGACCCUCCCACCUACAAGCAGCUUAAGGAGUUUCUCACUGGGAGGGCUCGUGCUCUGGAGAGCAUAUCAAACUAUUCGCAAACAACAAAGACCACCUCAUCGGCAAACACUAAGGUUUCGCAAAAAGGGCCCCCUCACAAGGCAUUCACCGCAUCAACUCAAGGAUCAGACUCAACCGGCAAUUAUAUCAGCUCUGCUUGUGAACAAGGGCAUUACAUCGUGCAUUGUGAAAAGUUCCGAGAUAUGAGCACCAAGGCAAGAAGGGACUUCGUCAUCAAGCAGCGUCUCUGCUUCCAUUGUCUCGGAAGGCACAAUGCCAAUUCUUGCCAAACAACGAAGAGAUGUCGAGAGUGUGAUGGUAAGCAUCAUACAAUUAUCCACCAGGCUAAUCCUCCUCAACUCAAGGGCAACACCUCAACUUCUCAAGAACAAGGAACUUCUCAUCAUGGAUCAUCUCGCAACUCAUCUCAACAACCAGUGGUUCUCCUCGCCACUGCUCGAGCACUCCUCCUCUCUACACAAGCAACUCCUCAUCCGGUACGCAUAUUAAUUGAUACGAGAUCGGAGCUCUCAUUCAUUGCGGAAUCUACGGUUCAUCUUCUCAAUUUAACCAAGGAAAAAUCAACAAUCUCAAUCAUCGGAAUCGGAGCAACUCAAUCAGGAUAUACUCGAGGUUCAGUAUCCUUUACCCUCAAAUCAAUAAUUUCCUCAAACUCAGUUUUCAUCAAAGCCCACAUCCUGCGAAAAUUGUCGUCCACUCUCCCUUCCAGCAAUAUUCCCUCUUCCAAUUGGCCUCACCUUCAAAAUCUGCAGCUUGCUGAUCCUGAAUUCUCAACCCCUAGUUCGGUCAACCUCAUUAUCGGAGCUGAUUAUUAUGGGCAAAUAAUCAAAACUGAAAUCAUUAAAGGUCCUUCUCUUGCUCCAAUUGCACAGCUCACCAUCUUUGGAUGGGUCAUUUUAGGCCCUAUCCAGUUGUAUUUUCAACAAGGAAUCAGUGUCCAUCAUUUGGUGGUGGAUCAACAAAAUGAUCAUCUGCAAAAUCUUCUCACAAAAUUCUGGAUUCAGGAAGAGGUCCCUCAAUCGGAAGCAACUCUACUGACCAAUCAAGAGCAGGAAUGCGAGGAGCAUUUCAAGGUCACUCACUCAAGGGAUUCAAUGGGGCGAUACAUUGUUCGACUCCCAAUCUCAACAUCUCCGAAUCAACUUGGCGACUCUUAUUUCAAGGCUCAACGGUGUCUACAGCGACUUCUCAAACGGUUUUCAACACAGCAAAACUACAAGGAACGCUACUUCUCAUUUCUUAAGGAAUAUGAAUCUGAUGGUUAUAUGGUUAAGGUUUCACCAAGAGAUAGUAGCCUUACAACCUACUAUCUUCCUCAUCAUGGCAUACUAAGGGAGCAAAGUACUACCACAAAAUUAAGGGUUGUCUUCAAUGGAUCAAGUCCAUCAACAACAGGCGCUUCGCUCAACUCUAUCUCUCAUACUGAAGCGAAAUCACAAAGGGACAUCUCAGACAUUCCGCUGUGGGUGAGAAAAUUGCAAUUCAUCUUCUCUAGUGACAUCACGAAAAUGUUUCGUCAAAUCAAGGUUCAUCCAAACGACUGGAAUUUGCAAAGGAUCUUAUGGAUUGACACUGAUGGAGAGGAAACCCCUUUUCAACUCACCACGGUUACAUAUGGAACCAAGUCUGCACCAUUCCUAGCCGUAAGGGUGCUUCUUCAACUCAUCAAGGAUGAAGGCCACGCAUUCCCUUUGGCUGUCCCGGCGCUUCUCAAUGGCAGAUACAUGGAUGAUAUCUACGGUGGUUCCGAUAAUUUAUCUGAACUUAAGGACAUCGCAAUGGAUCUAAUGGGACUUCUCAAUUGCGGCGGAUUUCCUCUUGCAAAAUGGCAAAGCAAUCAUCCAGACUUCUUCGACGCUGUAAAGGGCAAAGGUAGCACCAACCAUCCUCACUUAAUCGAUCACUCUCAAACCAAGGUUCUGGGUCUCUCAUGGUUUCCAAGGUCGGACGAAUUUAAGUUUUUAUUUGAGCCAACUUCUCUACCGGGUCAUGGCAUCUCAAAAAGGUCCAUUCUUUCCGAGGUAUCUCAAUCAUUUGAUCCUUUGGGAUUCCUCUCUCCAGUCACCAUCCGAGCCAAAAUGUUACUGCAGGAACUUUGGCUCCACAAGUUGGGUUGGGACGACCCACUUCCAGAGACGAUCUCCUCAAGGUGGAUCAAAUUCAAGGAAGAGCUAGCUCAACUUCCUCAACUCUCAAUUCCUCGAUGGCUCAAUCUCUCAAAUCUCAAGCAAGUUGAAUUACAUGGAUUUUCGGACGCUUCUCAACUUGCAAUGGCGGCUGUUGUUCUCAUCAAAACCUCGGAGCAAGGCGAAGAUACUAAGGUUACUUUAGUUUGUGCUAAGACCAAGGUUGCGCUCCUCAAACGACUUACAAUACCAAGGUUGGAACUCACAGCGGCUCACCUAUUGGCACGACUAAUGGAAUAUGUUCAGAGAACAAUGGAGUUACCAGAUGUUCCAACCUUUCUCUGGACUGACUCAUCUGUAGCACUCACCUGGAUCAACAGUCAUCCCUCACGAUGGAAGGAAUAUGUACGAAAUAGGGUUUCCUCCAUCCACGAUCUCGUCCCUCAAGGUCGGUGGAAGUUCAUCAAAGGAAAGGAAAACCCUGCUGACGUGCAUCAAGGGGCCUGUCUGUUCAACAUCUGGCUUCGCACUCACUGUGGUGGAACAGACCACCCUGGUUAA